AUGCUAGACCAACGAAGUUCAGAUUAUGAUGUCUCUAAACGUGAUAUACCAUCUUUUAUUGAGCCACGGCCUCCUCUAAUACAAAAUCCUUUUAUGCGACCAAGGCCUCAGAAAGGUACUAAUUUGUUGGAGUUAUUUGAAGAGGAUUCAGAAAUUGAGGAGCCUGAAUUGGUGCAAGUGUACCUUCGUCUAAAACCGUGUAAGAUUCCAAAUUCGUUAUACGAGGUUCGGUCCGAUAAAUGUCUCGUAACAUCAUUGGAUACCGCAACUGCAGGCCAUGGUCGCCGCACACAGCACAAUGUGUCUAAAAUGUAUACAUUCUCGAAAAUAUUCGGCCCAGCAUGCAAUCAAAAGGAAAUAUUUGAACAGGUGGUCAAGGAUAACUUAAGGAAAUUACCAGAAGGUCAUAACUUUACACUCCUUACUUAUGGAGCGUCAGGCUCUGGUAAAACAUACACCCUCAUGGGUACCGUUGGGUCUCCCGGCCUUGUACCAAGAUCCUUGGAGUAUGUGUUUAAGCUAGUGGAUGCUGCACAGCAACCUGUUUAUAAACCUGCUGAGAAUGGUGCAGAGCAACUUAAUUAUGCUGAACAGGAUUUUGAAUUACAGUGGGUGAAGCGACUUCGACACGUGUCAGCGCCGCUCCGCGACAAGUACCGGCGCAUGAGUGUGCAGCUACACUCAGAUCUCACUGCUAGCUCCAUAGAUCUGUCCGAUCGAGUUCGCCAUUAUGUUUGGGUGUCUUUUGUGGAGAUAUACAAUGAAGCCAUUUAUGACUUAUUGGCGCCACCAGAGAAAAGGACCAAACUGCGUAUCAGAGAAGACUCAUCAGGCAAUGUUUAUGUGAAGGGCGCGACUCAAGCCUUUGUUCGUUCUGGCGAGGAGGCAUACGACGUUAUGGUAGCAGGAAAACAUAACCUAGUUGUCGCUGCUACCGGUGUUCACGCCCAUUCAUCUCGCUCCCAUUGCAUAUUUACAAUCACAAUGUUGACGGAAACCGGGGUAAUCGAGAUAGGGGUAUCUCAGAUAUGUAGUAUGUCUCUUGUGGCCAGCCAGUCUCCCGAUCUCUCGUAUUGUAGAGACAGUUUGAGAUGUCGUGUAUUCGGUUCGAUUCCGAUCCACCGGGAUGACGAGGCAGGGGUGUACGUACAACUAGACGUGGUGUGUCUCGCAGGCGAGGCGGGCGCGCCGCGCUCGGCCACGGUGCGGCUGUGCGACCUGGCGGGCUGCGAGCGCGCGCGCGCCACGCGCAACACGGGCGCGCGCAUGCUGGAGUCGCGCGCCAUCAACUCGUCGCUGCACGUGCUGGAGCGCUGCCUGCACAUGCUGCGCCGCAAGCAGCGCUCGCGCCACGACGCGCUCGUGCCCUACAGAGAAUCGAAACUGACGCGACUUCUGGGCACCGGACUGUCUGGCGCUAAAGGCGAGGCCGUGAGCAUGGUGGUCACCUUGAACCCCUCGCCUGAAUAUGCGCAUGAAACUAAACAUGUACUCAGUUUAGCUGCAGUUGCGCAAGAUAUACAGGUCAACAAUACUAUGUUACUAUCAACACUGGAGAGCAGUACACAAGAUACAACAAUUAGUUGCAGCACAGAAGUUAUGAAACUGCGCUCCGACAACGAAAGACUACACUUCGAACUUGUUCAAGCCCAAGCUCGUAAUAAAGAAUUGAUGGCCGCCAUGGAAGAACGGCAGCAGGAAACUGCUAACACUAUGAGGGAACUCGUUGAAGAGGCCAAAGACAUGACGCGGCAGUAUUAUGAAGCGCAGCUGGAGGCUUUGCGAUCAGAGAUGGAUGACAUGGUAGAAGACUAUGAAAGCCGACUGUCAAAAGUUUCUAAAGAGGUUUCUUCAAGUGGCUCUGGUACUCCAUCGCGGUUUCUGCAGGCUAAGGUGUCACAACUCAUGACCGAAAUAGCGGUCUUGGAGGAAAAACUAACAGCUGAGAGUCUAGCUCGGUCCCGCGCAGAAAAAGAAGUUCAACAUCUUCGUAGUUGUAUUGAAGAGAGAGAUGAGAAAGCAUUCAAAGAUACAACACCGGAACAAGAACUCAUGGACUUAUCUGAUAGUGAACGCGAAAGCGAUGAGGAUACCGGCGAUCCAUUAAACGAGAGUUUGGAACCUGUUUUUAAAAAAGAAUUAAAUAAAUCGACAGUUAAACAAAACGACACCGUUAGCAUACAUACCAUAGAUAAUAUUGACGAAGAAGAAGAAGAAAACGAAGAAGUUGAUGAUGCAAUAUCUGCACAUAUAAGUAAAGUAAAUGAUGACAGCAAUUCAACUGUUGCUGAUGAAGAUAGUUUAAAUGACAUAAGUAAUAAAGAUAGUGUUAUUAAUAGUGUUAGUAAAUGUGAGGAUAAUACUGCAAGUGAUUCUGCAAAUUUAACUUAUGAAAGUGAAAAAAACGAUUCGGUACUUAAGCCCAAUGAAAGUCUGAUGAGUACCAUUGAUCAUGGAUUAAUAGAAGAUAAAGGGAAUGAAUUAAGCAAACAUUUAACAAAUAAAUCUGUCCAAAAUAGCUUCACGUGUAGAGAAACAUUUUUUGUUAGGGAUAAUACAAUUAAUGAUAAUGACGUUAGUAGAGAUUGUAAAGAAAAAAGUGUAGCUUCAUCACGUGGCACUUAUUUUGUUAGUGGGCCUGCAUUAGGUGCAAAUCAAAAUACUGAAACUAAAGACGAAGAUAUUGCGGUUGAACAAGUUAAAGCACCAGUGACAGAGAAAAUUGAUACAAAAGUGGCUACAGAAGUAUCAGAAAGUCUUGUAACUAAAAUAAUCAAGUCUUUAAAGUCUAAUCAGGGCAGCGAUAGUUCUCUUACACAGUUUGAACAAUUGGAAAUGGCUUCAAAGGAGUAUCAUGAAGAGAUUGUUACCAAUAAUUCUGUUUUUGGCGACAUAAAGAUUUUGAAAGAGAAGAGACACUACUUUGACAAUGAACCAACUAAAUUAACAGAAAAAUCAAAUGACGAAAUAGUUGUAACUAAAGAAAAACGUACAUUCUUUGAUAAUAUUGAUGUAAAUGUCCAGCCCGCCAACAAAAACAUAGAUGCAAUCAAGAUUAUUGAUGAUGAACGAUCACCUCCAAUAGUGAAAGAUAAUAUAAUCACCGAUAGCUUUGAGCCCAGCAAAAUUAAAAAGCUUCUAGGGGAAAGUUUUACUAAACCAGAAAUUAUUACGUCCGCAUACAAAGCAAGAAUUGCUAAAAAACAUGAAUCUGUCGAUCUUUUUGAAUCACCUGUUAUAAUAAUUACAAAUGAAAAUGGCGACAGCAACAUUGAAAAGGCAAGACAGUCGAUUGAAAGACUUGUUCUAAAUCAGCAGUCUGCUAAAAAAGUAGUUAAACGUGACCUCAUACCUAAUUCACCAUUAAAAGAGAUUCUUAAAUCGGCUAAUAUAAGGAAUGCUUAUAAAUCGCCGAUGAGAGAGAACAAUACUGAAUUGAUUGACAGUUCUAAAACGCUUAUUAAAUCACCAAUUAGGCAGGACAAACCUAGAUCACCGAUUAGGCUAGACGAUAUUAAAACACCUAUUGAAUUAAACGUUGUCAAUUCAGAAAUUAUACUAGAAAAAACUAAAUUGAAUACGAAAUCUGACACUGAUAAGUUGUCUAACGAUACUGCUACAGUUGCCACCAAGAACGAUAUAGUUCAAUCGAUUACGACCAAACACAUUGCUAAAUCACCUAUAAAAGAUGUUAACUCGCACAUCAACAUCCCUGGUGGGAAACCUAAAGUACUGAAAGAUCUUGUACCAACUAUUGCACCUGAACCAUCACAAAUAAAAAAAGAAAGAGAAUCAGUUAAUGAAACUCAUGUUGAAAUAAAUAGUGAACCAGUUUUAAUGUCAAAGUCAGUAACCGAUGGAAAAAUUACGUCGUCACAUAUUAAAAAAGAAAAAUUAGAACCAGUAUCAUCAGUAGAUGAGACUAUGGUUUAUUCUAAUGACACCUCAAAGGACAACACUGCUGAAGAAUUUGAAAAUAUAUACAAUAAUAUAACCGAGCCCAGAGCAACUGAUUUUGAAUUACUUAUAUCGGAGCCUGUUAAUGAAAAUAACUCGAGAACAGAUAAAGAUGAAACAAAAUACAAUCUACGAAAAAAGCUUCACAAAAACGAAGACGGUAAAUCUGAUAAGCUUAAAGGUGAAACCAGUGACGAAGUAUUAUUCGAAAAUCAAGCUAAAUGUGAAUCUAAGCCGCGAAAACGGACUUUGAGGUUAAGAAGGAAGAAGACCCAAGGAGACGAAGAAAGUGAAGACAAACUAAAAGAUAUUGUAAAUUUACAAACAGAGUUCAGUGACGUAACAAUGGGAGUACCUGCUCCUCAAAAAGUGACAAGAGAUAUCCCAUCCCCAGAAAAGGGUAGAGAAGAAAAUUUGCCCCCAAUAAUGGGAAUCCAAAGUUGUCCUGCUAAAAGCAUUACUCGCAGCCGACGUAAACUCUUCACUCCACGGGCAGAGCCUCUAGAAGAGUCUUUGAGCCAGACCGGGGACAGCAAUGAACGUGUCUAUGUGCCAAGACCGUCAUACCAUCGUCCCAGGGCUCGACGCAAGCUAUAA